CUUUUCCAGUGCACUAGGCGACAUUCUACUUGCUUUUGAACAGAACUCCAAGCUGUCUUUCUUCUCUCUUCUUUCCUGCUUGCUUUUGGUUGAAGGAUAAGCACUAAUGGAAGGCAUGGAGUGGAAAGGUUGUGUCUGUAGGAUUAAGAAAUGUGUUCUCGAUCUCCUAUCGAUGGAGGAGGAUCUGAUCGACGACGAUGAGGACUCAUGGGAGCUGAUGGGAAGGGACCUUCGCCUUAAAUCCACCUUCUUAUAUUGUGAUCUCAACCAGGUGAUCUCAAAUGCAACAGAUGAGCACAGGAAGGCUCUCACUGACCUUGCCAACAAACUCUUCUGCAACAUGGAAGAGUUGGUGAUUGGCUGGACGGUAUCUAUCUUCUUGACUGACAAUGUCUACCCUGGCAUACUGCACCAAUCACAAAGUGUUGUAGAAAACCGGCAAUCGACAUCAUCUAGUACCAUACUGCCCCAAUCUCCAAUUGCCACAUAAGGUCAGUGAACUUGGCACAAGUCAAAAUAGAUGAUUUCCAAGAUUUGAGAAUGGAGAUACAAGAUGGGAGUAGAACUUUUGACUAAAGUGUUGGCUUCUAGAAGAGUACUUGGCCUAUUCUAUUUUGCAGCAAAUUGUAUUGCCAAUAAUUUCGCGUGGUGAUAUAACUUACAGUGGGGACACUGAAAUCUGAGUGCUUCAAGAUGACAUGUUAUUAAUCAAUAGUGCUUCAAUUUCCUAA